GAUCCGAGGAACCUGGCACGUCGUGUGCCGAUAGCGGGAGGCUCAAAUCAAGUCGCGGAAGUCCAUGCCGUCUCUCUCGCUGUCGACAAGGUACCGCCUUUCGCGACUCUUACCAUUAAAUCUGAUUCGCGACUAGUUGUCGACGGACUAACAAUACACCUCCCGAACUGGGAAGACCGAGGAUGGAUGGGUGUCGCAAACUCGGAACAACUAAAAGAUGCCGUGGCACGGCUUCGGGCACGGUCAGCACCGACAUACCUGCAAUGGGUCAAGGGUCACUCGGAAAUCGAGGGGAACGAGGGCGCGGAUGCUCUUGCAAAACUCGGUGCAAACACCGCGUGGAAUGAGACGCUCGCUCUCUCUGAACACAACCCUGCUUUCCUGGCGCGCGGCUGCAGACUCGCUGCGCUCUCGCAACGUCUUGCGUACAUGGCCAUCAAACUCUGGAAAGAACCGAAGCAACGCCGGCGCACUGAACUGCUCACCGAACGAACAAACGCGGCGCUACUCGAGGACUGGGGCAUGACUCUCAGGGCGGGUACUGUAUGGAAGGCGAUUCGCCAUAACGACACGAGACGAACACUACGAGACUUCUGGUGGAGAGCUAUGCAUGCAGCUCUCAAGGUGGGGACUUACUGGGAUAAUAUCCCGGGAUAUGAACAACGCGGAGUGUGCGCACACUGCGGUGUCCCGGACACCCUCGAGCACAUCUGGCGGGACUGUGAUGCCCCAGGAGCGGCGGAGAUCUGGCUAGGCGUUGCGGACCUCCUACAGAGAAAGAACAUAGCCGUACCGGGCCUAUCCUUCGCUGUCCUCCUCGCAGCCCCGGCCCUCAAAGUCCGGUCGCCAACUGGACGCCCAUCCGAGGCAAAGUCACGCUUUCUACGGAUCCUUCUCACGGAGUCCUGCCAUAUGAUUUGGAAACUACGGUGCGAGCGUGUCAUUGGCAGGGAAAAUGACCGCGCACGAUACCACACAAAACCGGAGAUUCGUCGACGCUGGCUCCAUGCGAUUAAUCGGAGGCUGAAGAUAGACCAGGCGCUGACCGCGCCGGCCCUCCGCCGGAAAGCGCUAUCGAAGGCGCUUGUCUGCGCGACAUGGCAAGGCCUGCUGGUCGACGAACGCGCUCUUCCCGAAGACUGGACAUAUACUCCGGGGGUUUUAGUGGGUACGCCUUCUUUCUGGGACCAUGGCUAG